AUUAAAAUAUAUUUGCAUUUAUCUACAUUUUACGUCUUUCUCUUGCAUGCAAAUAUCAAAUGAAUGCGAGAAAAAAUGAUUGUAUCGUCAAAAUAAAAAGAGAGACGAGGGAUGAACAUUUGGUUAUUCGGGCAGUUUAGGUUUGCCGUAUAAAUCCUGCGUGCGAGGUUUGUAUCGAGACGUUUCCCACGCGGUUCUGUGCUUCAAACUCUAAAGGAUUAACUCUGCUUCCCUUUUUUCGUGCGCGCCUGUUCGCGCCACAAAAUCUUCGUAUUCACCUACGAGUCGAUUUCAUUUAAUCCAUGCUGGUAACAGUUAGAGGUAGCGAUGCGCAUUUAAUGAGAACAUUUCUAAACGUUCGAGCAAUUCGUGUAUAGUUUUUGGUGGACAUACACUUUAUGUUUCGUAUCUCCUUUAUUGCAACAUUCGAUCUCAGCAGUUGGUCGUUUCUAUAAUCGUCAGAAAGCGAUUGGACGCGUGACGGUGAUCGCGAUGACGGUUUUAUAAAUAUUUGCUAGAAAUCGAACGGUCGAUCGACAUAACGUUACUUUUGCAAUACGUGACGGUGAAAAGAAUGGUUCGAGAUUAAGAAGGAUGACUUCGAAUCUACGUAAUACAACAGCGUUGGUCAAACAACCACAUUACCGUGACAUCUGACCCUCGUCGAGCGUACAAACAAGUUCGUCGUAUUCCUCCCUUGUCGACGUUUGGUUCGAUGCUCGCGUAUCUUUACGCGUUUUUCGAAACAAACAAAAACGUAACGUAUCGUUAAAACGUCGUUCGUGAUUUUCCUCCUUCGCAAAGUUUAGAAACGACGAGAUUUCGAAAAGUCCCGUUUUGUUCUCGAUGAAACUGCGGGGAUAUCGAGACGGUGUGCGGGUUACACGGUUCAUCGAGUCGUUUCAAUUAACCGCACGCACGAAUCUGUCCAAGUCUUCUUUUGAAGUUUAAUCUCUAAUGGAACUGGCGUCGCAAUUAGGCGAGACUUAGUUUUGCGCGCACCACCUCGUAUAUAAUGUUUGAGCGAACGUUUCAGAGGCACGUGACGCGGCACGCGUCGCUCGUUAUUCCAUCGCUCUCGCCGAUUGUUUCCCUCUAUAAAUCAUUAGCUUGCUCUUUAUUUAAUCAAAAGUAUUAGAUAUUCUUUCGCGAAACGUGUAUACCUACAGAAGUACCACUACCGAAUCCUUGUUCCUCGAUAGACAAAUUUUAAUAGAAAGUUUUCUAUCGAGAAGCACAGCUUCGUGUUCUAACGAAACGCGUCUCUUUGCGCUUUUUACACAAAGAGAACGAGCGGUAGUUAAGCGUCGUCAACAUGUUUUUUCGGCUGCUUUACCCGUUUCUCCGUGUCUAUUCGAACACUGAAAAGUAAUACGAGCGAGGUUGCCUAAAGCGUACGCGAUGCGUCGUGUUUUUCAACAAAAUUAUUGUUAUUUGUUAUUCGACAGUCGUAACCAAACGAAACAUAAGACAGAUUCGCGUACGACGCAUGCUCGUAUGCGUACAUAUACAUAUAUAGUAAGUACGUGAACGAGUGAGCGAUUUCGGAUACUGUCCUAGUUUACGAACAUGCAUACGAGAAAUACAGGUGUUCCCGCUGACGUCAUUGGUUCAACCGUUGGACGAUAGAGUUGCUGACGUCGUUUGUGCGAAAACACUUCAGAACGGUUUAACCCGUUUAACCUUUGUCAGGUAUCCUAAUGUCUCGAUGUUGUUUGCCUAUCCAGCUUCGAGUGGACAAUCGAGUAUACGUAAUUUUUAGUUUCCUUUAUUAUUAUGAAAAUAAAUUGUACAUCGUACUUACAAUAACAAAUAGUGCACAGUUUGUUGAAACUUUUUUAUGCGGAGAUCUUGGUCGAAACUCAAAGCCGAUCGUAAAACAAUCGAGAAUAUCGAGGGAUUAGGUGUCGUAGGCGUUUGGACAAAAGAAUAAAGAGAAAGAAAGAAGGAAGGAAGGAAGAAAGGAUUAAUCAGGGUGGACGCAUCGGCUUAACGAAAAAGAGAGAAGUGCUCUGACAGAUCGAGUAGCGGGUAUUGGUGUUUCCCGGGGUGAGCGCACAGCUCGAAUGUUAUGACAAUUAUGAGUUUUCCGUAGGCAUAUCGGGGUGGCACGUGGCGAAGUGCAUCGGGGAGAGACUGUGGCCGCGUGCCGUCGCGUGAGAACAAGUUCGCUCACACGCGUUACGUCUCGCACGUGCGUACUACGCGGUUUGCCUAGCCUGUGCGCGCGAGUACACGCGCAUGCUCGCCACAGCCACGGACACGCGUCCAACACGCUCCGAUUUUUCAUUCAGCGUUUUUAAUCCGAUCCCGUCUAAAAAUUUUUUCUUUCGACUCGAAUACGAUUCUUCGUUGUCGCGGCGAUUCGCGAAACGUUGUUUCGUUACGAGUUCGCGAAGUAGCGACUUUAACGGAUUCACCGCGAAUCGGGGAAAACGACGGAAAGUGUUCUCGCAACGAUUAAGAUCGACUCUUUUGACGCGUACGACAAGCGACCUCCUACGAACGAAAAUUUUCUUCGGUAACGAGAUAAUAAACAAUCGGCAAAAUAUCUCUUCCAUGGAUGCAAAAGAGUUAAUAAAUCGAUAAUUACCGUGUGGGUGCGUCGCUGGCGCUUCCAUAAAAUCUACGGUAAAAUUGAGUAUAACGUUUACACGGUCAGGGAAUAUGUUUAGAGAACGAUAUAAGAUAGUAGGAGUGGCGAACGAGUCGUUAGUAGUAGGAAGAAAGUACGAGCUCUCUCGUACUUACUCGGAACUCGGAACUCGGAAGUAGUAGAAUUAGACGUUGCGUCGAGCCGCGUCGCGUCGGACGUAGUAGUGGGGGUAGGAAGGGUCGUAGGUGAUAAAUAGAACGACGCGGCGUGUUGGAGCGGUAUUUGGUCGCGUGACGCCAAGGCGUUCACAUGGAUCGGAAUUAUUGGCACGGUAACGGUUCGUGCCACUGAAAAAUCAAUUUCGCGUUGCGCUCAAUCUCUUACGGCAAUCGAAAGGAAGCUUCGAUUCGAUCGGGGGAUCCUCUGCUCGAUAUGUUGAGGAAAUUAUUGAGCAAAUCCGGUCGCAGACUCCUUAGGGCCAUCAAGAAACUGUCGACUCGGAGCCGCAAGGCGAAAAAGUCACGCAACUUGACCUCUUGGCACUCGGCCAUACCGGACCUCGAAACAGCUUCUCUCUCUUGGUCUUUGCCGUCCCUCGAUACGAAAAGUAUCGACACGUACACGACCUACGUAGGCGAAAACUCGGAUUCGGACUGCAUGUCCAUAUGCUGCUAUUGCGACGAAUACGAGGAAAAUCAGAGGAACGAGAACACGGAAAACGAAAUGAUGAUUUAACGAUCGCGUCGUUACGAUUAAUCGACAUUUUUUCGUUCGUUUCUGUCGUCGUUUCCGAAGGAUAAUAUUCCGAAGGAAAACUUUCGAUAAGGCGGUCCAUAUUUCGUGAAAGUACUUCGACUAUUUUACAGGGUAGACGAGCGAACGAGUACAAUUUGGAUAUAUAUACAUAUAUAUAUAUUUUGUUUGGAAAUCGAGAGAUUUUUCAAGGUUGAAGAGUGCAAACUGGAGUAUGGACACCGCGAGAAAAGUUGUCGGGUGUUUGGAAUAACGUUGGGCGAUUCGAUUAUUUUUUGAACCGUAUUUUAACGAAAAAAUCAUCCUACCGUGUUAUUUUUCCCUUUAAUCGAUAACGAGACGCUUAAAACGUUUACCAAACGAACGCGUAUGGAGCAAUAGGACGUCCAGUUUCAAUCGUAAAAUAUUUCGCUCGAACAAACGUAUAUAAAGUUAACAUCGAGGAUUCUCAC